AUGCUUUUUGCUUCCAUUUUUGCAAUUUCUAAUAAAGAAAAUUGUGCUAUAAAUUCUCCAGGGAAACAAAAAAAAACGAUUAUAAGAAAUUGGAAAACUUUUAGGAAAACGAUGAGGGGAGAGGAAAAGGUUAAAAUAAAUAGGGGAAAGAAACCUCUCUUUGACAGAUGCUUAAUUAGUGGGGGUAAUGCUUAUAGCUUCUUAAAAAGGAAAGUAAUCUUUUGAGAAGAAAGGAGGUCAGAAGUUAAAAAAGAAGAAAGAAAAAAAGAUUUUUAAAUUAAUUAAGAAAGAAAAUUUUUUAGAGGGUUUGUUUAUAAUCUCGUUUCUAAAUGAAAUCCCUACCAGGGAUGAGGGGUUGAGAGAAGAGCGGGUUGGGUUUCGAGUUGGUGUU